AUUCGGGCUUCAGAAUCACCGAACACCGCAUCAAAUACCAGACGCGAUACAGACUUAUCUUCCAGCUUGGAUAUCAGUAUAGAUGCUACUCUGUUGAAUGGAAGUGGGGUGCUUGCUUGCACUAAGACUGCAUCACACGCCAUCAGCGACAAACCGAGUGAGGAUUCGGAGGAGACUAUGAAUUGCAAGGGAGAAACUUUUGCGAUGAACGCAUUACCGAAAGAACUUUCUUAUAAGAUCAUGAGCUACUUGGCGCCUGAGGAUCUUGCCAGUUCUUCCCGAGUGUGCAAGUCAUGGCGUCAAAUCAGCGGCAGCAAUCUCCUGUGGCGUCCGCACCUCAAUGGAUUGGCCAGAGAUCGUGCCCUGGACUUCUCGCGCCAUUCCUGUCUGCAAGAUGUGUACAACACCGUGCGCAACUACGAGAAAAGACUGAAGGCCAAAGAAGAGAAUCUGAAACGGUACAAACAGGAGCAGGAUAUGUCGACCCGUCAGUACACACCCCACUGGAACAACUACGAACACAGCGCCAAUGUAAGCAUAAACCAGGGCAAUUCAUGGGCCAAGUUACAGGAGAAGUUUGCACAGCUCAGCCCCCGUUCGGUCGUGCAGGAGCGAGAAAAUCUCAUCACCCCAGCGGAUUUGGUGAGCGCGGGUUUGGUGAGUGGUCCUAGUUCUUCCAACAGAAGCCAUCUACCGGGCACCGGGAACAACACCUCCACCUCUGAUGAUACAACCCUAAACAUCAACAAUACGUCAAUCCUACCUGCCACUAUACAUGUCUCGCCAACGCAGCAGACACGCAGAGGGAAGCCUCUGGGGGAGCUGACCAACGGCAUGAUCUCGCACAGUAUGCCCAGAGAUGCUACUGCACCUUACCGCGUGAAUGCCAAUGCGAACGUCGCUGGUCUGUCUAUCGCAGCAAGCUUGUUUGCAGCUGACCGUGCCGAGCGCACUCCGUUUAACGCGAACGCCAACAACCGAAGCAUCAACGCCUCGAGCACGAACUAUAGCCGCAUCAAUACUUCCCAUAUGCGCAAUCGUAGCACCAGCGCAUCGGGUAUCAACAGUAGCCGCUGGAACGAUUCAAGUAUAGACAACGGCAGUGUCAGUGCUUUGUAUAACAGCAGCGGACACGGUAACACCAGUCGGUUAGACACGGAGGCGCACAGCCGCUCGUACCAUGCAUCCACAGCCGAUUCUGCGCUGGGCAUGAGCGGAUUCAUGGACUCUAGCAGUCUGAGCCUCAAUGACUCUGGGUACGUACUGCCUAGCCAGAAGGAAAGUUCAAUCGCCAGCCGCAAAGUUCGGUACCUGGGUGCUGCACCGUUGUGUGGGCGACAAGAGCAGGAGCCGUUGAUGGCACCGUCGCCCGACAAGCUGAAGAAGCAGCUGACAACCGUCCAGAUAGGCAGCAAGAAAUCAAAGCGCCAACUCAAGCGCUUGUGAAGCACUACUACCCCAAACCACACAGAUGUGUGCAUUGCGGUGUGGUACUCUACACACUGUAUGAAGAAUUAAAAUUGAAUAUAGAGCCCGUUCUGAGGCGAGCAAAAAUAGGCCAGUGAUAAACGGGAAGGUGAGGCUUUCGGUCGAGCGCUGUGUCAGCGUCGGGUCCUGUUCAACCCAAUCAGUGGCAGCGUUCGACGUAAAA